UGCAGAAGCCAUGGAGUUGAGCUGCAGCGAAGUACCUCUUUACGGGCAGAUGACGGUGUGUGCGAAGUUCGACAAAAAUGUCUAUCUUCCUAAAGAUGCCGAGUUUUACUUUAUUUAUAACGGAUCUCAUCAGAGACACGUGGUGAUUGCCGAGCGCACGGAGGACAACGUUCUCCAGUCCAGCAUUCCAGGCCACGGGCUUCAGGAGACGGUGACGGUGUCUGUGUGCCUCUGCUCAGAAGGUUACUCCCCGGUGACCAUGGGUGCCGGAUCUGUGACCUACGUGGACAACAUGGCCUGCAGGCUGGCCCGUCUGCUGGUCACCCAGGCCGAUCGCCUCACUGCCAGUAGCCAUCAGACCUUGCUGACCCCGUUUGCCCUGACGGUGGGAGCGCUGCCUGCUUUGGACGAGGAACUCGUGCAGGCGCUGACCCAUCUGGAGUUGCCUCUUGGGUGGACUGUCUUGGGACAUUCUUCACUUAAAGUUACUCUUCCCAGAGAGUCCCUGCUCCACCUGGCUGUGCGCUGGGGCCUGCCGAAGCUGUCCCAGUUCCUCGUGUGUCUCCCGGGGGGCGCUCAGGCCUUGGCUUUACCCAACGAAGAGGGUGCCACGCCAGUAGACUUGGCUUUAAAUGGUGGGCACUCCACGCUGGCUGGCAGCAUCACAAAUUUCCAGGGCAGACGUUCCCCAGGCUUCUCCCGAGUGCAGCUCAGCGAAGAUGCCUUCCUGCAGUAUAUUCACGCGUCAGGAACGCUGACCCUGACGCUUCACCACACGGCCGAGCAUUUGUUGGAGGCAGACAUUAAACUCUUCAGGAAAUACUUUUGGGAUAGAGCCUUUCUCAUCAAGACUCUUGAAGAGCAAGAAACCAGGCCGGAGGAAAGAUCAGAUAUGCCCUCCAGUGCUGCAGAAACCGAAGAAGAGGUUAAGAAUUUGGUGUCCAGUAGAUCUUCACCUGAACAGGAGGAUGGAAAGGGCGUGAAAAGCCUGGUGGUUCAACUGAAUGAGCAUGAAGACCAGGACUGUCUAGAUUUGGAUCGCUCCUGUGAUGUCCUCAAAAAAUCCAAGCAGCCCCCCGCGUUCCACGCUGCCGGUGGGCUUUCUGACAUGCUGAACGGUGGCGAUGAAGUCUAUGCUAACUGUAUGGUGAUAGAUCAGGGAAGCUGGAACCCUUCAGAGCUCCCCGCCCAUUCCCUGAUAGAGAUUUGUGAGUUAAAGCUCAUGAAGGUUGGUGAUUUGGAUAUUAACUAUAUAAACCUAGAGGGAGUCACUACACACACCUGCCCUGAGUCCAUGGAUUCUACUCUGACACCUCAGAGCGGCAAGCAUAUCCUUUCUACCGAAACCAGCCCUGGCAGGCACCCGCUCCAUGAGAACAAGGAAGUGACACCAAAUAUGGAAGCCCAACAGUCCUUCACAUCGCCAUCUAGUUCAUGUGCUUCCAACUUAAAUCUUUCUUUUGGUCUUCAUGGAUUUGAAAAGGAACAAAGUCAUCUAAAGAAAAGAAGUUCCAGCCUCGAUGCCCUGGAUGCAGACAGUGAGGGGGAAGGGCCUGCGGAGCAGGCACACCUGUGCUACACGCCCGUGUCGCAGAGUUCCUCCAGAACCGGGAUUCCCAGUGGGGAUGAAUUAGACUCUUUUGAGACCAACACUGAACCAGAUUUUAACAUCUCCAGGACUGAGUCACUUUCUCUAUCAAGUAACCUUCAGUCAAAGGAAUCACUACUUUCUGGAGUCCGCUCACGUUCUUAUUCCUGUUCAUCACCCAAAAUUUCUUUAGGAAAAUCUCGGUUGGUGCGUGAUUUUACAGUGUGCAAUGCAAGUGAAGAUGGUGUGCUCCACAGUGGCCGCUCCCUCCAUCAGUCUCUCUCACUGUCUAAAUCAGUGGCUCUGCUCCAUCCCUGUAAGCAAAGAGCGUACAGUUUACCAGAGCCACCAGAAGAAAAAAGAAUUCCGGAAGAAGAAUGGGACAAAUACAUCAUACCUGCCAAAUCGGAUUCUGAAAAGUACAAAGUGAGCCGAACUUUCAGCUUCAUCAUGAAUCGGAUGACUAGCCCUCGGAAUAAAUCUAAGACAAAAAGCAAGGAUGCCAAAGACAAAGAGAAGCUGAGUCGACAUCAAUUUGUCCCUGGAACUUCCUCUGGAGUUCUACAGUGUUUGGUUUGUGAUAAAACGCUCCUGGGGAAAGAGUCGUUUCAGUGUUCCAGCUGUACUGCAAAUGUACAUAAAGGUUGUAAAGAUGCUGCACCUCCAUGUCCCAAGAAAUUCCAAGAGAAAUAUAACAAGAACAAACCACAGACCAUCCUUGGAAAUUCUUCAUUUAGAGACGUCCCCCUGGCUGGUCUCUCCUUGCACCCUUCUUCCUCCAUGCCCAUCGGAUUGCCGGCUGGGAGGAAAGACACCCCGGGGCAGGCCCAUCCAUUGUCCAGAAGUGUUCCCGGCACCACCUUGGACAGGAGGCCAGGCCCAUCCUUGGAGUCCGAGAGUGACGGGAACGCCUGGAGAAGCAGGUCUCAUUCCGAUGAGCUCUUACAGUCCAUGGGCUCAUCCCCCUCCACGGAUUCUUUCUUAAUGGAAGAUGUCGUGGAUUCUUCUCUGUGGAGUGACCUCAGCAGUGAUGCCCAGGAGUUUGAAGCUGAGUCUUGGAGUCUUGUGGUGGACCCCUCGUUUUGCAGUAGGCAGGAGAAGGAUGUCAUCAAAAGACAGGAUGUCAUUUUUGAGCUAAUGCAAACGGAAAUGCAUCACAUCCAGACCCUCUUCAUCAUGUCUGAGAUCUUCAGGAAAGGGAUGAAGGAGGAGCUGCAGCUGGACCACAGCACUGUGGAUAAAAUCUUCCCCUGCUUGGAUGAGUUACUUGAAAUUCAUAGGCAUUUCUUCUAUAGCAUGAAGGAGCGGAGGCAGGAAUCCUGUGCUGACAAUGACAGGAAUUUCGUCAUUAACCGAAUUGGAGAUAUUCUAGUCCAACAGUUUUCAGAAGAAAAUGCAAAUACAAUGAAGAAAAUAUAUGGAGAAUUCUGUAGCCAUCACAAAGAAGCUGUCAGCCUAUUUAAAGAACUCCAGCAAAAUAAAAAGUUUCAGAAUUUUAUUAAGCUCCGAAAUAGUAAUCUUUUGGCUCGACGCCGAGGAAUUCCAGAAUGCAUCCUGCUAGUCACUCAGCGCAUCACAAAGUACCCCGUGUUAGUGGAGAGGAUAUUGCAGUACACAAAGGAAAACACGGAAGAACAUAAAGACUUAUGCAAAGCUCUUUGCCUAAUAAGAGACAUGAUUGCAGCAGUGGAUUUAAAAGUCAGCGAAUAUGAGAAAAACCAAAAAUGGCUCGAGAUCCUAAGUAAGAUCGAAAACAAAACAUAUACCAAGCUCAAAAACGGCGAUGUGUUUAGGAAGCAGGCACUGAUCAGCAAAGAGAGGACUCUAUUACAUGACGGCCUUGUUUUUUGGAAAACUGCUACGGGCCGUUUCAAAGAUAUCCUAGCGCUGCUUCUAACUGAUGUGCUGCUCUUUUUACAAGAAAAAGACCAGAAAUACAUCUUUGCAGCUGUUGAUCAGAAGCCAUCCGUUAUUUCCCUUCAGAAGCUUAUCGCCCGAGAAGUUGCUAAUGAGGAGAGAGGAAUGUUUCUGAUCAGCGCUUCUUCUGCUGGCCCUGAGAUGUAUGAGAUUCAUACCAACUCCAAGGAGGAGCGAAAUAACUGGAUGAGACGGAUCCAGCAGGCAGUCGAGAGUUGCCCAGAAGAAGAAGGGGGGAGGACAAGUGAGUCUGAUGAAGAGAGGCGGAAAGCUGAAGCAAGAGUGGCCAAAAUUCAGCAAUGUCAAGAACUACUCUGUAAUCAAGACCAGCAGAUCUGUACGUAUUUGGAGGAGAAGCUGCAUAUCUACGCUGAGUUGGGCGAACUGAGUGGAUUCGAGGAUGUCCACCUGGAGCCCCACCUCCUCAUCAAACCCGACCCCGGCGAGCCUCCCCAGGCGGCCUCCUUGCUGGCAGCGGCACUGAAAGAAGCUGAGAGCCUGCAGGUCGCAGUGAAGGCCUCCCAGACGGGCGAUGCCUGUCAGUCCCCCGAGGAGGGGUGUGCAGAAGCUGCCUUGCCCGAUGUGCCCAGUUGUGAUGCGCCAGGACCGCCUAUUGCUUCACUAGUCACAGAAGGGACAGGAGGAAGAGGCUGUUGGGAUGUGGACCCCGGGACCCAGGGUGUGGGAGCCGACUUGGCGGUCUCUGAUGCAGGGGAGAAGGAGGAAUAUAGAAGUUUUCCAGGUUCCUCUCAGUCAGAGAUUAUACAAGCGAUACAGAAUUUAACCCGUCUCUUAUACAGCCUUCAGGCCGCCUUGACCAUCCAGGACAGCCACAUCGAGAUCCACAGGCUGCUUCUCCAGCCGCAGGACAGCUCGUCCCCGGGCCCCUCCUUCCGAGGCAGCCCCUUCCAGGACCCGGACAAGCACCGCAGCCUGGAGAAGCAGCGAGAGGAGCUGGCCGACAUCCCCAAGCUGCAGCGCCAGUUCCAGCAGGACCAGCGGCGCUGGCAGCGCAGGUGCGACCAGCAGCGGCGGGAGCAGGAGGCCCGGGAGAGCUGGCUGCAGGAGCGCGAGCGGGAGUGCCAGUCGCAGGAGGAGCAGCUGCGCAGGAGCCGCGGGGAGCUGGACCUGCAGCUGCAGGAGUACCUGCAGAACCUGGAGCAGCUGAGGGCGGGCCAGCGCCUGGUGGAGAGGGAGAGGGGCAGGAUGCGCGCCCAGCAGAGCCUGCUGGGCGGCUGGAAGCACAGCCGGCAGAGCAGCCUUCCCGCGGCCUUCUCUCCAGGAAGCCAGGAGGUAAUGGAACUUAAUCGAUCUGAGAGUUUACAUUAUGAAAAUUCACUCUUCAUCAACGAUGCUGUAGUACAAAUGUCAUGUAACACUUUCGACAAAUCAACUCCACCAGCCAUCCACCAGGACGCCACUUGCCCCCCCAGUAUAUCUAACUCUGACUCGGAAAGGACUAGUGAAAAUCAAGUAGACCUCAAGACAGGUGUUUCUCAGCCCACGGGUGAAAACCAUGAACUAUGGACAGCCGCUGAGUCCUGUCAGCAGACAGCCCCCCUCCACCAAAGCAGCGAGGAUUCUUGUCAAAAUGAUUUGGACAUCUCCGAGGCUGAGUUCCCAACCCCCCCUGACUCAAACCCACCCGGCCCUGAGCUGCAGACAUUUAUAGCAGAAGCAAAGCUAAAUCUACAGACACUGACCAGGCAAGAUGGGGAAACUGGAGAUGGAGCCGAAGAAAAUAUUGUUUACCUCUAAUUGUGUUGUCAUUAUUUUUCCCAACAAAACAGAACACUGACAUUUUGGGGAGAAUUUUUAUUUUCCUUUCCUGAUAUGUGUGUGACUGUGUCCAAAUUGCUUUAAGAGUAAUAAUUAAUAUUUCAUGCAAGUUCCUUUUGGGGGGCAUGAGUCUAAUAAUUAAAUUAUUGAAAGCAGCUCUGUGUGUAUAAUGGUUAACUUACCAUACCUAAUUUCAGAUUUCUGGAGGAGAAAUUAACUUGAAUAAGCAGAAAUAUUUUCAAAGUUCUGACUCUGGACUGAAAUUGCACAUUGCAUUUUCUACUGAAUCAUCUGGUUUUUGAAAUGCCUUUUAAGACCCAGAUGAAGCAAUUUGAAUGGAAAGAAUGAUAUUCAUGAUGGGCGAACUUUCACAAUCACAGCAGUUGAUUACAGCAAGUGGCCUCCCUGCCCCAGAGACAGAGGAGGCAGUGGGAAAGGCCUUUUCUUGCUUAGUUUUUCCAUGCUAAUUGCUCUUGGGGACAUCAAAGGGUUGCUCCUGGUGGUGACCUGUCACAGUCCCGGUGCAGCCAACGUGUGCUAUUUGGACACUGUUCUGAGCAGGAGGCCACUCUGCCAUGGACACAAUCUGGACUCUUAUGACCUGCGCCACAUGCUUCGCAGAUGCACUUCCUCAGCCCAGUGCUGGUUGUUUUUCAAGCCACAUCUUUCAAGAGAGCCCAGAGGCAAAGCUCCAGCGCGGUCAAUUUUGCUGUAAAUAGUGAAACUCCAGUAGUGCCCUCACUUCUCUCAUCUGGUCCUGUCCUGCCAGGCCUGGGAGCACCAACUACCACUCGCUAGAAGCAUCUCUCCCUCAGUUCCUUAAGGACAGGAACUGCUCUCUCGGCAAAGCUUACUGCCUGUUUGUGAUUUUCCACAAAGGAAAGCUCUUACGUUCUGUCCUCAGAGUAAUAUGGGUCUCUGUGUGAGAAAAUAAACCAGAAAAUGUUUUCAGCUUGUUCUUCAGAAAUACUUGUACAUGUUUCGGUCAGUGUCAAUAAAUGUCCUUUACCUGUC